UUUACCAAUAUUAAAAUUAAAUACAACUAGAAAUUUAUUUAGAUGCGGAGGUUCUACAUGCUUUAUUCUUGCAUUUUGCAUCUAGUUUAGUCGCGAUUAAAACACUUUUUGCCGCCCACAGCUUACAGCUUUCACUUAUUGGCGGGAACAAUUAUUGUCUUACAGUUUUAUUUGCAUGUAGGUACCAGUCUAGCGGUUAAUGCAUUUCUCUUGCAGUUCUUUCUUGAAUAUGUCCGCGAAUUGUGAAAGUGACCGUGACAAAGACCAAGAAGCAAGUUUACCAGCAAACACUGACAAUGAUAGAAUUCAAGAGACAAUUGGCGAUUUUGGAAAAUGGCAGUUAAAAAUAUCGAUUUUAAUGUCGCUGAUCAAAUUUCCGAUCGCUUGGUUCCAAAUGAGUAUUGUUUUUUUGGCACCACCUACUAAUUUUUGGUGUAAAAAACCAGACAUUUAUGAAAAUCGCACGGAUGAGGAAUGGCAAAGUUUAAUUAAACCAGCUGCUAAAUAUAUCAUGCAAACCGGAAUUAAUCGGGGAUAUUGCUUCAUGAAAAAUUUAACAGCAGAUUACAAUAAUAACACCCAGGAACUAAUCGAAUGCAGCUCUUUCAGCUACAAUAGAUCCGUAUUUGUGUCGACGAUCACUUCGGAAUGGGAUUUAGUGUGUAGCCGGCAGAAGUUAAUGGAUAUGUCUCAAGUUACUUUAAUGAUAGGAGUUUUGCUAGGUAACAUAUUUUGUGGAAUUUUGGCUGACAAACAUGGUCGCAAGAAUAUACUUAUGGUUUGUCUUCUUCUGCAGUCGGUUCUUGGGAUAUUCGCAUCAAUAACCCCGUAUUUUCCGCUAUUCGUCUUUAUAAGAUUUUGUCUUGCUUUGGCCAAUGGAGGCACAAUGGUGAUAUCCUUUGUAAUGUGUAUGGAAGUUGUGGGCGGUAAAUGGAGAACAAUUGUGUCCAUUUUAUAUCAAGUACCGUUUGGAUUUGGAUAUGCGUUGCUUUCGGGAAUAGCAUACCUAUUGAGAGAUUGGAGAAAUUUCCAUUUUGCUAUCAGUCUAUUGUCAAUGUUAUAUGUGGGGCUUUACUGGCUCGUUCCAGAAUCCCCACGCUGGCUUCUAGCUAUCGGCAGAACUAAAGACGCCCAAAAAAUUUUGAUAAAAGCAGCGAAGGAAAACAACAUUAAGUUGAUUAACAUGGACGAGACUUUUUCAAAAUCGGUUAACAGACUAACUAGCCGAGAUAAUCGAAAAACUAUUAAGUUCAAAGACCUCUUCUCAACGAGGGAGUUAAGGAAAAGGAGCUGUCUAAUAAUUAUAAAUUGGUUCAUCGCGGGUAUGCAAUUUUUCGGCUUUAUUCAGUAUAUAGGUUAUAUAAGUGAUAAUUUGUUUUUCACUGUGGCUGUUGGAGCUUUAACUUCUCUGCCAGGAACGGUUCUGAGUGUUUUCCUCGUAAGUAAUUAUGGAAGGAAAUUGACAAUUAUUUACGCCUUCCUACUAACUGCAUCGUGCUCAUUUUUGAUACUUGCGUUCCCUAAAGGAGCAUUUUCAUUUGACUGGCCACGAAUAGUACUAGCAGGCACUGGAAUUAUUGGAAUAUCAGUUUCAAUUCCAGCAAUGUAUCUAUUUACAGGAGAACUUUUUCCAACAGUUCUCAGAAAUUCUGGAGUUGGUCUUGCAAUGAUGUUCUCUCGACUGGGAUCUAUUAUUGCUCCAUUGCUGGUUUCUUUGCAAAAUGUUGCACAUUUUCUACCCUUACUAGUUAUGGGAAUUGUAGCCAUUAUUCAAGCAGUUUUGGUGCUGUUCCUACCUGAGACCCAAGGAAAAAAACUACCUGACACGAUUGAAGAUUUAGAGAUUAGGAAAUACCAUAGCAACAACGAUGCGCAAAUGGAUGAGGAAAGAAAAAAUAUACCCUUGAUUUAGGAGGGCUUAAAAAGAACCACCAAACCAUAAAAAUAUUCUUGUUUCGAUUCUGGUCCAAAUAAAUGUUUUAAGUUUA